GUUCACUUCUUAGAAAGCGUGUUCUCUGAUUCAGUAGCGGCUCAAGGCUGACCUGCGGACAAACAAGCCCACCGACCUCCUCACGUCCAGGUGCGCCUCAGCAGAAGAAUGUUCCAGUUGGGGAGCAGGUUGGGCCACAUGUAUCUCUCCUCAGGGCCCGGAGGCUCCAGCAGCUCCAGAAACAACACUGACCCCGGAGGUUCUGAUGGGUCUGCUGGUUCUGGCAGUUCAGGCCUUCCAAGUAGUGGAACACAAAACAGACCGGAGAAAAUUCCCAGCUUACCAGAACUGAUCCAACACUUCCGGAGGGUCAGUGGGCUGAAGAAGGAGGACGUGUUCUGUAACCUGCGUGUGCCUAACCGGUUCCAGACAGCAAGAGAGGAGAUCAACCUCGUCAUCAUCACAGGUUCUGGAGUUUACUGUAUUGACGUGAAGCCAUGGACAGGUGUUGUGUCAGCUCAGGGAGCGAACACCUGGCACGUCCAGAUGAAAGAGGAGGGGCCAAACUUCACCAACACGUCCAUCCAGCAGGUCCCUGAUCCCCUGCAGGCCGUUGUGAGGAAGGCCAGUGACCUGUGCAGCCAUGUGAGGCAGUGUGGAGUGCACGUCAGGCAGUCUCUCUUCUUACCCAGAGUCCUCUUCCUCUCUCCUCGCUGUAUUCUCAAUGAUGGGUUAAGGAAAAGGAAGGAGUUGGUCUCCUGUGGUGAUCUGGAGACGUUCCUGUGCUCACUCAGGGAGGGAUACAUGGCCUGGAUCACAGACGCUCUGACGCCGUCAUGGAUCUCAGGUCACCUGUCAUUCAGGCAGUUGGGGGCAGUGCGGGACGUGUUGGGGCAGAUGGGGACGUGGGACCUGGUUCAGCUGAGUAGCGGCGCCGAGCUGAAGGGAGAUUAUCAGGGCUGCCAGCACCUCGCCCUCAACAGACAGGACACAGACGUGGUGGAGUUCAGCAGGGGCAGAACUCUCUCCUCGGACACUCUGUGGGCUUUACUGGGACACACACCGCAGGUGACUGUGAGGAUGUAUAAGCGUGGAGCGCAAAGCUGGCUGGGAAAACCACUGACCGGGACGGCUACCAUUCCCUCAAACACACAUGUGGUGUUUCGCAUCAGCGGAGAGGACAAAGACGCCAAGAUCCCGGCCAACACUAUCCAUACCAUCACCCUUAGCAUCUAGAUACAGAGGGAGAGAGAGGGAGGUAGGAACUCCACAGACUUUCGUCAACUGCAUUGCAAUUUAUAGGAGCCCCAUUUCUUUAGGCAGCAAGUUACCUACAACACCAGCAGGCUUAGGAAUUGUUUGAAGCUUUGAAAAACAGGUUCUCAGUGAAAUACUAACCAAUUCUAUCCACUCAAAACAGUGAAGAGUGUUCAAAGAAGAGUCUAAGGCUGCGUUCAGUCAGCAGGUAAAAGUGGCCCAAAUCUGAUUUUCUCACCAAAUCCGAUUUUUUCUAUGGCUGUUCAGAUUAUCUUUUAAAUGUGGUCUGUAUGUGACAGUCUGAACAGAUCAGCUCCUAAAGAACAAUACUGCACGAGGCGGCUAGUCCAGAGGUAAGCGGUCAUGACGGCCAGCGAACCCCAGUCACUCACAGAGCUUCAGCUUCGUCUUCGCCAGCAUUGCAGGAGCAAAUAUGAAGUUCCAGUGGUUUGACAGCUGGACUCAUCACCCACAGUGUGUUCGAGGUUGCCAUAAAAAGGGCACGUUAUUCGGUCACGGCCACUUCUCUGGUUCAUGUCCUCAGAUUCUGUAAACGUUGCAGCCUCGAGCUCCUCCGGCCACACUCAGCUGUUUCGUUUGAAACCUCUUCGGACACAGAGCGGCUGCGAUGAGUCUCUUGAUUUUUUGGUACAGAAACAUCAGCCUAAAUGUUUAUGAGACUCAGCAGCGCAA